AAGAUUCUCGUCGUCGACGAUAACAGGCUCAACCGCGAGGUCAUGACUCGGCUUCUCCGGAGCUGCGGGUUCGCGAACGUCCACCUCGCCGAGGGGGGCGCGGAGGCGAUCGAGCUGUGCCGACACGACGGGAAAGGCGAUUUCGACAUCGUGUUGAUGGACGUGCACAUGCCGGAGAUGGACGGGUUCAAGGCGUCGAUGUUGAUCCAUCGAGACGCGGACGAGAGAGGUGAGCGUCGGCCGCGGACGGUGAUCAUCACCGCGGACGCGACGGAUGAGGUGAAGGCGUCGUGCGGUGACGCGGGAUUGGAGUUUUUAACGAAGCCCGUGCAGAGGGAGGAUCUCAGGAGUGUGCUG